AACUUUUGGACAGACCGGCGCUUUGCAGACGACAGAAAAAUCUAUAACCACCCUUCCCUUGGCCAGGGGACCCCCCUGACGGAACACAGGCCGAAAUUUUAGGGACCUUUUCUCGAAUUAGAAUCUGCUGUCGCUCGUCUCCACACCAACCAUCACCAUGCCGAGUCUGAGGUAUCAUGGCAUCAGUAUUUUGUGUCGCGGGCUGCCUUACUUGGAGGUGCCUGCUCCAUCACGGACCAAUAAAAGGUCCGGCAGCCGCCUCGUCGCCGCUAGUCAGCAGGCUCCAGUGCGAGAGCGCGAAGGCAACUACUCCACUUGGCACGCGGGUACUGCCACUUACAACCUCCGUCCGCGUGCGGCGUGCAGAGUACAUCCUCCGUCGCUAACAGUCUCCACUUGGCCUUUGGAUAUCGACAUGGCUCACUGGGGAUACGGCUCUACCAAUGGGCCGAGCUCGUGGUCCCACCAUUACCCAGCGGCGCGAGGCGAGCGACAGUCUCCCAUCAACAUAGCAACAGGCAAGGCGAAGUACGAUACAAAGUUGGUGGAGAAGCCACUCAAGAUUGACUACCACCCUGAAGAAUGCAUGUGCUUGGAGAACAACGGACACACAUUCAAAGCCAACUGCAAAGAGAAGUCGACCUUGACUGGUGGCCCUCUCGGCGACGACGAAUACCGGCUGAUCCAGUUUCACCUGCACUGGGGCGGCAAGGAUGACCGUGGAGCAGAGCACACCAUCGACGGCAAAGUGUAUGCGGCAGAGCUUCACCUGGUUCACUGGAACACCAGCAAGUACAAGACAUUCGAGGAGGCGGUAGACAAGCAGGACGGGCUGGCUGUCCUGUGCAUGUUCAUCAAGGUGGGCAACUCUCACCCUGGCUUCGAACUUCUGUGCAAGGACUUUGACAGGAUCAAGUGCAAGGGCAAGUCAUGCUCAAUAGAUGAGCACUUUUCACCUGCAGUCCUUUUGCCAAAUGACACCUCCAGGUACUGGACCUACCCGGGCUCACUGACCACACCUCCAUGCUUCGAGAGCGUCACUUUCAUUCUUUUUCAAGAAACUCUGGAGUUUUCACCUGAACAGCUGGCAGCCCUGAGGUCGCUGAAGUUUGGCGAUGAAAGCAGCGAUGACAUGGUUGACAAUUUCCGGCCCUGUUGCUACAUCGGCACGCGCACCGUUCGUGCGUCCUUCCGCUGAUGUUCUGACGAUGACAUCUCUGACAUUGUCAUGCACAACAUCUUGUUAUUUGCUUUGUUCUGAAGUCUUUCAUCAGAACCAUUUAUUCUUCCCUCAUCUUGUGUACUGUGAUUGUUAGCGCAGCCCUUCUAGCCAACAGCUUGAAAGAAAAAUCAAGUGUAUAUUUUUUACUCGAGUAAUAUUUGUUUCUUAAAAUCCACUUGAUAGAACACUUUUAUACAAUUCCUACACAGAAUUCUUCUUCGCUGUUCACCUGAAUUUUAUUUUUAGAUGAAUCGCUUUCGAAUGAAAUAUAAGAUACCCGUGUUUUCAUAGGUAGCAAAGAGUGACAUAUAUCAUAUAAAUAUGUCAAAUAUAUGAUCAAGUUUUUCUUGUUGGAAGUCUAAUGUUGUGAAGAUCGAAUCCUGUUGUUUUAUGCCACAGUUUAACAAAUUUAUAUCCAGUUUCGCUCUUACCGAUCUCUAUGAAAUGUAGCCGCCUCGUGAACUGGAUACCAAUGUAUUUGUACACUUGGAAGUGUUAAGUUGCACUUCAGUGAGAAGUGCUAAAUUUUCAAUCAUGUCCACUCAAAUUUUUAGCAUUUUCCACGGGCAGUUGACUGUGUUUUUUAAGGCGAAUUAGUAUUCAUGUUGUCGGGUACAGUGAAGCAAGCACACCUCAAUGUCUGGAAAGGAUUGUAUUUUCAAGUAUUGUAGGUAUUACAUGGUUGUGUAAUGUUAUUUUGCUCAACGGUGAAAAUGUGAACAAGAUGAAGACAGGCUAUUCACAGAUUGCUUUUUGAUGAUGUCCAGGAAGUAGCUUUAUAGCGAAUUGUGAUAUCUCUUGUUAUUUGGUUUCCCACUAUGUACUCCAGUCUUUCAUUCAAUCAGUAUGUGCAAGUUCUUAAGAACACGUUUGUUCUUCUAUCCUUAGGUUUGCCUGCCUCUGAAUGGUCUGUUCAUUUGCAUCUGAAAGAGCCACCGUAAAUCGAAUAUUGUCCAUUGAGUAUUAGACAUUGUUAUGAAAGUAUUAACAUGAUAUUGGAAAUCUUGAGCCUGAGUCUUAUAGAGGAAAUUAGUUUUCAUCACAGGGCUACCUAGGUUUAGCCUUAGUAUUUUUUAAAAAUUAUGUCUAGUCUGAAGUUUGGCUUUAAAAUGACCAGCAAGAUCUUGAUCGCCAUGCUU